AUGACAGAAGAUAUUCUCUCGCAGAUUAUUUCCAAUGAAGGGCACAACAUGGGACAGCGCGAAAUCGAAGACAAAAUGCGAAAAUACGAGCUCUCUCAAAACACGCUAUUCUCCGGAAUCUACGUCACCCAGAAGAAGCCAGACAGCAACGAAAACAGAAUGGAAGAAGAACCAUCAGAAGAUCAGGAGCAAAAUGAGCUGAGCGAAGAACUCGUCGAAGAUCUUCGAAAAAGAAUUAAAGCCGCCGGUGGCAUUGAAAAUGUUCAGUUCACGUUUUAA